AUGGCUCGGUGGACCGCCGAUGACUUCGUGCAGGAGAUGAACUCCAUCCAGAGGCUGGUGGGCAUGAGGCCCGGCACCGACAUGGAGCCUAAGCUCGUGCAGGCACUGCAAGAUCGCAUGGCCCAUCACCCGGGAUGGACGGCGGAUCAGCUGUGCAAAAUGAUGGAAGCAGUGGGCGAAUCUAGCUUGUCCGGCAACAGCAAAGAUGGCUUGCUCAAAGCCUUGGAUGAUGCUGCAGGCCCCACAAUCGCUGGUCAGUCCCAGGUACGACUCACUAGCAAACCCCAGACCCUCGUGCAACUCUGCAACUACCUCUCCAAGUCAGAUUGGGCGAAGUUGUCUACUUCGAGCAGCUGGGAUGCUACAGUGGUCGUCAGCGAGAGGCUCCGGAGGCUCGGGCUCACGAGUCUCAAAGAAGAGACGAAAAAGUAUGCAACCGGCAUCAUCGUCACUUGUCAGAUAGAAAGACUCGGCAUUGCUCCAUCGUACGACGACAUCUACAGACUCGCAGAGCAAUUGCACAAAGUCUUCCUCAGUGUGCAAGUUCCACGAAAAGCAGCAGGAGUGACAGUCUAUCCUUUGCACCCAUCAGAGCUCGGACCGGGCUUCAUGAAGGAUGCUUAUGAUCCAGAGGACCCACCGGAGCCGAGAGACCUCCCAGGUCUUGUAGCCCGGGUGGUGAAUGAGACACCGGUGCGAAGCACGUCCAGUUUGUUGUCGUGGAAUCAAGAGAAGAAGAACAAGAAGAAGGGCAAGGAUGCUGCUGGUGACGAUGCCUUGCAUAUGCAAGCCCUCAUGCACAGGUUCUUGCAGCAGACGGUCGGCGGCACGGGCAUGAACAAUUUCAAUGCAGUGCAGCCGGCAAGGAAUGGCAGCUUGGGAGCUUUGCAGGAGCCAUGCCCCAUAGCAUCCGGUAUGCAAGGUGUGCAAGCAAACACAAGCAUGCAAAGCAAAGGCACUGUGCCCAGCAGCCUGGCUGCUUCAAGCAGUCUGCAGGCUUUGCAGAACAUUGCCUCGCCCCAGCAUGCCGCCCAGACCUCCUCGUCCCCUAGAGUGCCAGCCCAGCAAUGCACCAGAGACUCCAUGCUGCAGACUCCUUCCUCCGUGGCUCCCCCUCCUGUCCUGACUCAGGUAGAAACCGCCGUGACAACACCUGCAAGCAGCAGCAAGCUCGAGGCGAUCGAGCAAGAGGCUUUCAAGGCUUUGCAGGCCCAAAGCAAGCCGGUAGAAAAUAAGAAGCGAGGGGCUCCAGAUCAGGGCAAAGCAGUCAUGAAGAGGCCUUCGGCCAAAGCCAGUGCAGCCAAGCCGGUUGGGAAAGCCAGUGCAGACCCGCCGCUAAAACUUGGUUGUAUUCGCUGCCGUGGCUGUCGAACAGGAUGUUCGCAGUGUCAGGAUCCGGGGUUCAAGGGACUCCGCCUGACGAGGGAGGAAUGGAAGGAGUGGUAUGCCAAACGGCAGCUUGCCCUCGCAAAGGGCAAAGCCUGCAACAAGAAGUCCAAGAGCAAGAAGUGA